UCGUGAAAAACGUUACGUGUCCGCGGUGAGACAGUGUGAUUUUUUUUAAUAAAACCCAACACACGUCAUAGUGCCAAUUGGUUUUUUAAUUUUAUAACCAGCCAGUUUGUUUUUUUUUUAGUGAUUCAGAUUUCUGUUCUGUAUUUUUUGUAAUGUUGUGAGUGCCAAUAUUAAAAAUCGAUUUAUUCAGUGUUUUUCCUUGUCCGUACUCUGUGUGUUAAAAAUAACUUCAUUGAUUGCAGUUAAAUACAAGGUUAAAAUGUAACUAUAACGAAUCGAGAGUAUAAAUAGUUAAAAAUGUGCACGAAAGGAGUUUUUUCGUUGUUCAAUAAAGACGUUGAGGAAGGUUACAAUGAGGACAGAGAUAAUUUGCAGCCACUGAUCAGUAUAAACAAUCCACAUGACCGCCCUCGACCCAACAGACCACACCAACUCGGCUUCGUAAAUACGAUGCCUGAAAUCCAAAAGCUGCAUUUCUACGAUUCAACACCAUCAGUUAUGUCAACCCCAGAUGUAACUCCAGCUGCAGAAACAGAAGAUAUACUGCCGAGGAAGUGGCGACGGAGCGACCGUCGACUCAGACGAUUGAACACCGAACUGCUAGAAGCAAUAGAGAACCAUGAAGUGGAAGAAGUCGAAAGGUUGCUCCACUCGGGAGCAAAUCCAAACGCAACAUGUCGUCUAGACCUUGUAUCGGCGUGUCAUAUAGCUGCUAUGGUCGGGGGAGAUGCGCUCGGUUAUCUCAUCAAGUUUGGAGCAGAGAAGCACCGGUUAGACAGACUGGGACGUACUCCCCUACAUCUCGCUGCGUUCGCUGGGAAUUCUAGACAAGUCGCGAUACUGCUGGACUUUCCAGAAGAAAUGCAAGAUCGUGUUGAAAGCGAUAUGUCCUCGGAUGCUGAAGAAGAUGUCAAGAAGAUGUGUCCAAAGACCAGAGACAUGGUGAACAUACGCUGUGAUUUAGGCGACGUGAGAACAUUACUGCCUAAAACGUGGAAGGACAACAUCGAUCACAACUGCAGGAAUAUUGAAGGAUCUUUACCUCUCCUCCAACCUGGCUGGACACCAUUGCAUGUGGCAGCGGCCUGCGCCCGCAUGCACUGCACGCGGCUGUUGCUGGCUGCGGGCGCAGACCCCAACAUCUGUGACGAAGCUGGAAGGACCGCUCUUGAUGUUGCCGGUUAUGGUUAUUACUUUAACCAGACUAUUAUUAAGAAGAAUUUCCUUUCCGUGCUGCAAAUGUUACUAAAUGCUGGUGGAAAACACAAUACUAUGAAGACUAAAGGUAUCAACAAAUUAGACACGCCACUGCACACUGCAGUCGAACUUGAUGAUAUCGACAGUAUUAAUGAGCUGCUCCAAGCUGGAGCCUCUGUCAAGUGUUUAAACUCUUCAGGACAAACUCCAUUACAUGUGUGCGUUAAGAAGGAACUAGAAGAAGCUCUCCAGAUUCUAGCAAAUCACAACUAUAAAGACGCUGAUCCUUUAAUGGCAAUGGUGGACGUGAAAGACAAAGAUGGCCACACUGUACUCCAAGCGGCAGUGGAGGCAGCCUGGGUGCCUGGCGUGUGUGUGGCUCUUGAGGCUGGGGCUGACGUCACGAUAAAGGCAAAUGAUGGGGAAACUCCAAUCCAUUCAGCAGCAGCUCUUGGCAAUUUAGAUGUCCUAACAGAGAUUCUCAGCUUAGCAAAACAAACGAAUUUCAUUGAUUGUCAAAACGAAGAAGGCGAGACGCCUUUAUUUAAAGCUAUUACUAACGAAAACCUUGACUGUGUCGAAGCUAUACUACAAGAAGGUGCUUCAAUAAAAUUAACAAUGCCAGGAGAUGUCAAUGUGUUCCACGUUGCAGCGGAAAAUGGCUGUCUAGAUAUACUGAAAACUCUUCUAGAAUACGACGAUAAUGUUACUCGUACUAUGAUCAAUUCUCUAACAGCUGGUGACAGAAGAGGUUUCGGACCUAUACAUUUUGCAGUCGCUAACAACCAUUCGAAAUGCGUACAACUUCUACUAUCGAAGAAUGCUGAUAUAAGACUACGAACAACAAGCAGUCCCCAUGGAAGUUCAACUCCGUUGCACAUAGCUGCUGUAUACAAUCAUAUAGAGAUAGCUAAUGUUAUACUGAAAUUUGAUAAGACAACUAUUCACGAAGUCAAUAGUUUGGGAUGGUUUCCUUUGCACACAGCCAGUCACCAUGGCAGUCGUGAUGUUAUCACACUAUUACUCCAAGAAGGCGGUGAUCUAUCAGGCUACACAGAUGGUCCAAAAAAAUACAGAAGAACAGCCAUAGAUAUGAUAAUCAACAAUCUAUCAAAACCAACAGAUUUCUUAGAAGAUGUAUUCGAUUCUUACAUUUCUUCAAAUUGUCAAAACUUUAAAGAUUCCAAUUGUGAGAUAACUGUCGACUAUAGAAUAUUAAUGCCGACUAUAUGCGAAAUGGAACAGAUGAAAGUAAUAGAAGCUCUGCUUGCAACUGGAAAUAGAUACGGACAGAAAAGAUUAUUGGUUCAUCCGUUAGUUGAAAGUUUUCUAUACUUAAAAUGGAAGGCGCUAUUACCAUUUUUCUACACAAUUAUUGCGGUAUAUUCUCUAUUCGUGACAUCUUUGACUAUAUUUAUUGUAUCUGUAUUCUUCUACAUGGAUACAAAAGAGACAGCACCUAUGUGGUUGAACCAAAAUAUCUGGGGUUACAUCGUUUACUCAACGAUCUUUCUAAUUCUCGUUCAGGAACUUCUAUACAUGAAUAUAACAAGUAGGAGAUAUUUCUUUCAAUUAGAGACAUGGGUUAAAUUUGGAUCUAUAGGAUUGGCGAUGAUUCUACCAGCAGCCGUGAUGGUAUCAUCAUGGUUGACUGCGGAGUGGUUACGUCACGUGGCGACACUAGCGCUGCUGCUGUCGUGGUUAGAACUAAUGUUCCUACUAUCGAGGUUCCCCAAUGGAGGGUACUAUGUAUUAAUGUUUGGGAAAGUCGCUUCAAAUGUUAUACGGAUAAUACUGACGUUUGCGUUCUUAAUAAUUGGAUUUGCAUUAAGUUUUAUGAUACAAUUCCAUUCUCAAAUACCAUUCGAAGGUCCAUGGGCAGCUUUCGUCAAAACUAUGGUCAUGAUGACGUCAGAGUUCGAUUACGUAGCAUUAUUUGACGCAGAACAUUCCAAAGAUCUUGCCACUUCACUAAUAAUAGUGAGAGUUGUCUUCCUAAUAUUCCUAAUCCUAGCAGCAAUAGUACUAAUGAAUCUACUAGUAGGUGUCGCUGUUAACGAUAUAAAUGAUUUAGAAGUACUAGGAAAUAUUAGGAGAUUAGCCAAACAAGUAGAAUUCUUAAGCACAUUAGACAAUCUUGUUUAUAAUAAAUUCUUCAAUAAAAUUCUACCAACAAGAAUAAAUAAUCAAAUUAAAACGAAACGGAGAGUUAUAGGUACUAUUAUGUUGUGCCCGGGAAAACCAAGAUGGCGUCACAACAAGGUGAUGCCGACAAGAAUACGUGACGCAAUAAUGAAUAAAGCACAAAUACAACAGAAACAAAGAGAAGAUGAACUGGGAUUGCAGAUGUUUAAUGAAAAAUUAAACGCAAUGUAUGAAAUAAUAACAAAACAAGAUAGAGAACAGAAGAAACAGACUGAAGUUGAUAAAACAGAAAAUGCAACAGAUAAAUACAAAUUGCGACACGACAACGUUAUGAAACGUUUAAAUUCUGUAGAUAACGAAAUGAAAGUGGUCAAAGAGCAAAUUAAUACGUCUAUAGAAAAUUCAGAAUCGACAGUGGAUAAAUUAAAUGUGAAAAUAGAUCAAAUGUCUCUAGAUAUUGAAGAAAUUAAACAAUUUUUAAGUAGACUGGAAAGUAAAUUAGGUAGCCAUUAGAUCACAUAAGAGACAUAGUGAAAUUCAAUGGAAAUGAAACAAACAAACCGGUCUACACAAUUUCACCUUUAUAAGGCUGUCGUCAUAGAGUAAUAAUAAACAGACAUGGUUAUAUCAUAAAUUUAAAAAAUCCUAACACGUUAAACGCCAUGAGGGACACCAUGUGCCGGCACUCAACUGUUACAUUUUGUCAAAAAUUCAAAACAUUGUUUUAUGUUCUUAUUUGAUAGAACUAUAGUAAUAAAUUCUUCAUCUACUCAAUACAAUAAUUUCUAUGUUUUUAUAUACAACACCGUGUUUUCACGAAUCAAGGCAAAGAUAGCGUUCUCUAAGACCACGCCCCGGUCACAUUGUACACGACUAUUGGGUUAAACGAUGACCACCAUCAAAGCAAGCAGUUCGAACUUUAGUCUUACUCGCGGUCACCCGAAACCUCUAUGGCCUGAACAGAUAUUUUCUUGCCGGUCACCGGAUCCUGUGGCUUCAACGGAACAGUAUAAAAAAAAUUGAUGGCGUUUAACGUGUUUAUACAACAAAAAAAAUAGGCAAUGAAUGAAACAAAGCCAGAAAAAUGUUAAAACAAAUCAUCUUAUUUCCAUUGAAUUUCAUUAUACAAUAAUAUUUUAUUAAUGUAAAAACGUUAAGACUGAUUAAUAGUUGUGCUUUUUUUACAUAUUUACAAUGCAAAUUAGUAGAAUAGAUUAAAAGCGGUUCACACUAUUCCAGUACAGUUAGUAGGUUGGUCAGUAGCUCAAUUUGAUUGUCAAACUACUGGCUAGGAACGAUGACUGGCGCCUGUAAGUGCAUACAAUCUACGACUUGUCGCAACCUUCCAACUGUACUGGCCAAGUGUAAAUUGAGCUUAAAACGUCAAUUACUUACGUUAGUUAUGAACAUUCACUGGAUAAGGCUCUAAUCGUACAAAUGCAAACA